AUCUAUAUCUCGUUACUUUUACUAUGUUAUGAACACAAAUUCUCCUCUUUUUUUCCUAUCUUAAUUAAUCUACUCCUACCUAAAUAAUUCAAUAGUUGUUACAACUGCAAAUUAUACAUAACACUUUAUUCAAGGAAAAAAAUAAUCAAUCCCUCUUCCACAAGAAACGAGCUAGAUUUAUAUGUAACAUUACUUUUUCCACUUUUCCUAGUUUUUGAAUUCUAACUAGGCUGGCUUAUAAAGUUUCCUUGUGAUUUGCAUUGUUUUAUAAUUUCAAUGGCAACAAUCAGCAACAUUGGCUUACAAGGGAAUUGGAAUGUGAGCAAUGCAAAGAAGGAAAAUAUGAUCAACUCAAGGAAGGUUUUGGAGGUGAAUUUUAAUUCCUCUCAUCAAAACAAUGACACAUUGAACAACCACAACAAACGAAGAUUUUCAUUGGUGAUUACAAAUUCUAAUCAUGGUAGUACUUUUCAUAAAGUGGACACAAUUAAUGGAACUAAGGUGAAUGGUUUACAAGUGGUAGAGGCUCCUAAAAAAUUGCUAAAUGAAGAAAAUACAACAGAUGUUGCUCUUGUUACCAAUGGGAGAUUUGUUGAAGGAAGGUUUGUGUUUAGGCAGAUUUUUGUUAUUAGGUCCUAUGAAAUUGGUCCAGAUAGAACUGCUACCAUGGAGACACUCAUGAAUUUUCUUCAGGAAACUGCUCUAAAUCAUGUUACAAGUUCUGGGAUAGGAGGAGAUGGAUUUGGAGCUACCCGCGAGAUGAGCCUAAGGAAACUCAUUUGGGUUGUUACUCGUAUUCAAGUUCAAGUACAGAGAUAUAACAAAUGGGGAGAAGAAAUUGAAAUCGAUACUUGGGUGGAUGCAGCAGGAAAGAAUGGAAUGCGAAGAGAUUGGAUAAUCCGAGAUCGUUGUACCAAAGAGAUCAUAACUAAAGCAACAAGCACAUGGGUGAUAAUGAAUAGAGAAACAAGAAGACUAUCAAAGAUACCUGAAGAAGUUAGAAAAGAGCUUACUCCUUUUUACCUUCAUAAGAUUGCUGUAGCUAGUGAAGAAAGAGAUUGUGAAAAGAUAGACAAGCUCACUGAUGACACUGCUGAGAGAAUACAAUCUGGUUUGGCUCCAAGGUGGAAUGACAUGGAUGUUAACCAGCAUGUGAACAAUGUGAAAUACAUUGGAUGGAUUUUAGAGAGUGUGCCAAUAAAAGUACUAGAAGAUUAUAACAUGACAAGCUUGACAUUAGAGUUUAGGCGUGAAUGUACACAAUCAGAUACAUUGGAAUCCUUGACUUGUCCAACAGAAAGAGUGAUCGGUGAAUCCGAUAAUAAUUCAAGCAAUAGAAAACCUGAUCAGCAAUACACACAUUUGCUUCGUCUACAAGAUGAUCAAAAAGAUGUUGUUCGAGCUAGAUCUGAAUGGAAUUUAAAGCAAAAUCAACAAUGAUAAAUACUAUGGCCAAAACCAACCUAGCAUCUGUGGAAGCUUUAUACAUUAUACCCUAUUAUGUUUCUUGUUUUUCUUACUAGGAUUCUUCAAUCUAUGUUCUUAUUAAUUUUGUCAAUUAAUCCUUUGUAAUUUUUUUGUUGGACGGGCACAGUGGUUUUUGAAUAAUUGAGAAAUCUAUUGCAAA